GGUUCCGGCCCCGCCGGUUCCGGUUCUGGCCCCUCCGGUUCCGCUUCCGGCCGGGCCCCCGCGUGCGCGGCGAGGGGAGAUGCGGCCGCUCACCGAGGCGGAGACGCGGGCGGUGUUCGAGAAGCUCGGGAGAUACAUCGGCGAGAACAUCCAGCUGCUGGUGGAGCGCCCCGACGGCACCUACUGCUUCCGCCUGCACCGCGACCGCGUCUACUACGUGAGUGAGAAGCUGCUGAAGGGGGCGGCCAGCAUCCCCCGGGACAGCCUGGUGGCGCUGGGCACCUGCUUCGGCAAGUUCACCAAGACGCAGAAGUUCCGGCUCAACGUCACGGCGCUGGAUUUCCUCGCGCCCUACGCCAAGGUGGGGCGCGCUCCCCCGGCCGGCUCGGCCCCUCGGCCCCCCUGCCGCUCGCUCACGGCGCCUCUCUUGCAGUACAAGGUGUGGGUGAAGCCCGGCUCCGAGCAGUCCUUCCUCUACGGCAACCACGUGCUGAAGUCGGGCCUGGGCCGCAUCACGGAGAACACGGCGCAGUACCAGGGCGUGGUGGUGUACUCCAUGGCCGACGUCCCGCUGGGGUUUGGGGUAGCUGCAAAGUCCACCCAGGACUGCCGGAAGGUGGACCCCAUGGCGAUCGUGGUGUUCCACCAGGCCGACGUCGGGGAGUACGUGCGGAGCGAAGACACGCUGACCUAGGGGAGCGCGGGCGCUCGGGAGCUGUGAGCGUUUCUGGGCAGAAGGGACUUGUCCUGCCCCCUGCGCGGCAGCAGCGUGCAGAGCUGCCAGGAGCUCACCCCGGGCAGGGGGCUGUCACCACGCACGUGAGGAGGAGGCACCAGACCUGGUGCUGCGGUUGCAUAAAGCCUGAUCCUUCCCCCAAA